GGGCCAGGCUCCAAAAUGAGACGCCUUGCACCACACCGCAGCUGGGAGCGCAGGGAGCUCCCACUCACACCUCCCCGCCGUAUAAAACCCCGGCGCGCCGCAGCCUGCGCACACCCAGGAGAGCCCGUGGAGCAGCUCCCCAGGAUCCCGUUGGACAGGACAACCCCACCACCGGCACCGCCGCCGAGGAGCUACAGCCCCGCGAGGAGCAGCAUGGGCCAGUGCAACUGCCGCAAGAAGCACAAGGACUGCCAGGAGCUCACCGACGUGGAGCGGGCCAUCGAGACCGUCAUCAACCAGUUCCAUUGCUACGCGGUGAAGGGGCAGAAGGAGUAUCUGACGCCCAACGAGAUGCAGGAGCUGGUGUCGCAGAAGCUGCCCCAUCUGGGGAAGUGCGUUGGACCCCUCGAAGAGAAGAUCGAGUGCAUGGGAGACCCUAACGAGGCCAAGCUGGAGUUCGGAGAGUACUGGGACAUGAUGGGGGACGCGGCCAAGGGCUGCCGGAGGAAGUAGAGGGUGGCGGGGGACGGGAAGGCACCCGAGGGCUCAGGCUCUGCACCGAGAAUCGCGAGAGGCUGCUGGUCCCCCUGGGAUGCGGCUCGGAAAACGCAGCGUCGCGGACUCAUCUCCCCACGUCCCCAGCCGGGGCGGAGGGAUCCCCCUCUCCGCUCUAUCCCUGCCCUCUCUUGCCUCUCCUUCCCGUCGGCAGAACUCCCUUCCAUCCCCAGCCCUGGCCCGUAGCCGCGGCGGGAGGGAGGUGGCAAGGGGGCUCCUGGCCCCGGCUCUGGGGUUGCCUUUCUCCGUCCUUUACUCCAGAGCCUUUCCCCCGGGCUUGUCCCACCUCCAGCCCCAAAACCCCUCCGGUUGCAGGUCCCCCAGCCCCAGAGCAUCGCAGCAAAGAGGGACUUGGCUCCUUCCCCCGAAAGGUGUCGGGGUUUGUCCCCCUGUCCCCGUGCCACCCACGGGAGCCCCUUUUCCGCCACUCCAAGCACCUUCAGGGGCUCCUAGGACUUGGGGAUGGGCCCGAUGUUGCUGUUCGUGGCCUGAGCAUCUUCUCUGCUCUUCCACCAGUGCAGGGACCGCGGUGCCCUGUGCCCGCCCAGGUUUUGGGGUGCUAUACCGGGGUGCGCUGUGUGCACGGUGCUCCCCCGCCUGCCCCUCUCCAGGGGUGCUGGCCCUUGGCUAGUGGCUGCGCUCAGGGCUGGGACGGUGGCGGGUUGUUAGCAGCUUGCGUCACUUGCAACCAUUUUUGUAUAAAUUAAUAAAGGAAAAUCUUGGAAAAACCA